AUGGUUCCAGUUCAACUCGCUGCGUUUGAUUGGAAUAAGGCGGACGCGGACGUCUGCGUCGGGUAUCUUCGCGCAAUCAUGCUCCAUAAAGGCGACGACGUAGGACCCAUCAUCGACAUACUCAAUCAGAUAGAUGACUCAGGACGACUGCCCGCCAUUCAUACAUUCCCAUCUCGAGACGCACUGCUGAAACUCUCUUGGCCAGCGAUUUAUGGGCUCUCCUUGUUCGCUUCGAGGCGUGACAUCUAUGUAGGGCGCCUCUUUCUAGUCAUGCGCAUGAUGUAUAACAGGGCUUUCCGACAGGUGUUUGCGAAGGCCAUGGAGUCGAUCUGGCUCGUGUACUUCCUGCACAGUCUUCGAUUUCAGGCGGUGGGCCGACAUUUAUUCUUUGACACGAGCACCACCAGUUACAGACCGGAGGAUCUCCGCUUGGGACGCCAUAUCGCCGAGGAACUCGGGCCAGUUGAUCUCGUUGUCAGCCGCAUGUACGCCAUCUGGAUGGAAGAGCGCGGUUAUCCGGGGAUGGGGCAUGGGAUGGAUAACGACUGGGUAAUCAACAUUUCCAACCUAUGCUUUCGCAUCACAUCUACUUUGAGGUAUCGCCACAUGGAGAGCGGACAAGAGCGGGUGGAGUUCUUCCGCCAGGUCAGGAACCAUAGCCUAGCCGGGGAUAAGCGGUUGGCGUUCAUUCUGGCUGCGAUUCACUGGAAAACAAGUUCCGACCUACAGAACAAAAUCGACACUCUCAACGUAGCCUUCGAGGUGACGCCACCUCUCGCAGGUGCAUGCGUACAGUCGUUGUUCAUUGUCAGCCUCUUUGGCCACUCGACGAUUUCCCACGGACGGUAUGAAGCGUUGCCUAUUCCUGUCAGAGUGGCGAUCCGUCCACCGACCGAUAUCUGGCCCGAGCUCCAAAAAGUCUGUGUCUGGUGCGGCGAGCUUAGUUCGAAAGUGUGCGGGGCAUGUCAGCGCAUCAGGUACUGUAGUCGCGAUUGCCAGACGGCGCACUGGCGUGAAUCACACAAACCGGCCUGCUCGACCUACAAAUACCUACCACGCGCCCUACCUAUGCCUGAAAACGCCGCGUAG